AGUCCAACCCGGGUGCCUGGCGCCGACGUCUUUCCCUUGCUGAGGUCGCCGCGAACUCGGCGUUCGGGCCGCUGGGCGCACCGCCGCAACGCGCAUCUCUUGUCUCUCGGGCAGAAGCAGACAGGUCUGGAGUCCGCAGCCCCAGCCCCGCCAAGCUCCAGACCUCGAGCAACCGGGCCCAUGUGCCUCGGUGUCACCCAAAGCACUCGCAGCCGUGGACAGCUCCCUCGCCACGCGGUCCUUUCCUCUGCAGUGAGCACAUUAGCGUUCACCCUGCCCGGGUCGGUGCGGUACUCCAUCCACACCAAGUCCGCCAGUGCGUACGGAACGCGUGCUCCCUCCCUCCUCCCUCUCGGUGCCCCCGCCCCUCGCUCACUCAGGCUCACUCCAGCGGCGACUUUGAGGGAUUCCCUCUCGGGCGGCCUCUGCAGCAGCACCACUGGCGGCCUUAUUCGCUGCUCCGCGAGGAUGGAUCUCCGAGGAAGAGCCGUUCUCGGCAUGAAUAGACUUCGAGUUCUUCUGAUGCUCUUCCAUACAAUGGCUCGAAUCAUGGCAGAACAAGAAGUGGAGAAUCUCUCAGGCCUCUCCACUAACCCUGAAAAAGAUAUAUUUGUGGUGCGGGAAAAUGGGACGACGUGUCUCAUGGCAGAGUUUGCAGCCAAAUUUAUUGUCCCUUAUGAUGUGUGGGCCAGCAAUUAUGUAGAUCUAAUCACGGAACAGGCUGAUAUCUCACUGACCCGGGGAGCUGAGGUGAAGGGCCACUGUGGCCACAACGAGUCGGAGCUGCAGGUGUUCUGGGUGGAUCGCGCAUACGCGCUCAAAAUGCUGUUUGUAAAGGAAAGUCACAACACAUCCAAGGGACCCGAGGCGACGUGGAGGCUGAGCAAGGUCCAGUUUGUCUAUGACUCCUCGGAGAAGACCCAUUUUAAAGACGCGGUCAGUGCCGGGAAGCACACAGCCAACUCGCAUCAUCUAUCUGCCUUGGUCACCCCAGCUGGAAAGUCCUAUGAAUGUCAAGCUCAGCAGACCAUUUCACUAGCCUCCAGUGAUCCGCAGAAGACAGUCACCAUGAUCCUGUCUGCGGUCCACAUCCAGCCCUUUGACAUCAUCUCUGAUUUUGUCUUCAGUGAAGAGCAUAAAUGCCCAGUGGAUGAGCGGGAGCAUUUGGAGGAAACCUUGCCCCUGAUUUUGGGGCUCAUCUUGGGCCUCGUCAUUGUGGUAACGCUGGUGAUUUACCAUCUCCACCACAAAAUGACUGCCAACCAGGUCCAGAUCCCUAGGGACCGAUCCCAAUAUAAGCACAUGGGCUAGAAACUAUUAGGCAGACAGACCCCAGCCCCCCUCCACUGGCUGGAUCAGGAGUGGAAGGAAGGGGUCAGCCAGCUUUUACACUCAUCGUGGCUUGGCUUUGACUCUCCAAGCAGCAACUCAUAAAACUCGGAAAGGUAUCUGACUCUGAAGUUUAGGGAUCGAAACCACACUUCGUUUGGAAAGACACCCCUUAAGGUUCAAGAGGAAUAUUGGAGGCUUUGCUCCCUUGAACACAGAUGGCUUACCCUAUACCGUUGUCUACGUACACAAAAUACAGCCUCAUGCUCCCUGCAGCAAGACCCCUGAAAGUGACCCAUGCUUCUGGCUGGCGUUCUGCAUGUCUAGUGAUUGUCUUGGGAAUGUUUCACUGCUACCUGCACCCAGUGAAUUCACAGCACAAGAACCUGUUUAAUGUAACUAUGCAGAGUUGUUUGGACUUCAUAGUGUGUCAGGUCCAAGUAAGGGGACCUGAAGAAUCAAUCCAUGUGAGUUUGUUUUUCAAAAUGAAUUAAAACACACUACUGUCAAACAUUUGAAUGCUUUCUUGAAACAAGAAAACAGACUAAAAUGGUUUCUGGGGCACCCAGAGGAGAGAGGGGAAUGAUGAAGACGGGAUUUCAUUUCUGCAAGAGGAAAAGCAAAGA